AUGAAGUUCUUCAUUGACGGCCUUCCGGUGCUCUUCCCGUAUCCACGCAUCUAUCCCGAGCAGUAUGCGUACAUGUGUGAUCUUAAGAAGACGCUGGAUGCCGGCGGCCAUUGCGUCCUCGAGAUGCCUUCGGGCACCGGCAAGACCGUCUCUCUGCUCUCGCUCAUUGUAGCCUACCAGCAGCACUAUCCCGAACACCGGAAGCUCAUCUACUGCUCCCGUACCAUGUCGGAGAUCGAGAAGGCAUUAGCAGAGCUGAAGGCCUUGAUGAAAUUCCGCGCCGAUGAACUUGGCCAUGUCGAGGACUUCCGUGGUCUUGGACUGACGAGCCGGAAGAACCUUUGUCUCCACCCCUCGGUCAAGCGUGAAAAGAGCGGCGCCAUCGUCGAUGCGAGGUGCCGCAGUUUGACAGCCGGCUUCGUCAAAGAAAAGAAGGAAAAGGGCGAGAAUGUCGAUGUUUGCAUAUACCAUGACAACCUGGAUCUCCUCGAACCCCACAAUCUCAUCCCGAACGGCGUGUGGACUCUUGAUGACCUCCUUCACUACGGCGAACAGCACAAGCAAUGCCCAUAUUUCACUGCCAGGCGGAUGAUGCAAUACUGCAACGUCAUUAUUUACUCUUAUCACUAUCUUCUUGAUCCAAAGAUUGCCGAGCGUGUCUCUAGGGAAUUCUCUAAAGACUGCAUCGUCGUCUUUGACGAGGCCCACAAUAUCGACAACGUCUGUAUCGAGUCUCUGAGCACAGACAUCACCGAUGACUCGCUCCGCAAGGCGACACGGGGUGCACAGAACCUGGAACGCAAGAUCACGGAUAUGAGGGAGACGGAUCGGGAGCAGCUGGAGAACGAGUACCAGAAACUUGUGGAAGGAUUACGAGAUCAUGAUGAAGCUCGUCAGGAAGACGCUUUCAUGGCGAACCCGACACUGCCAGAUGACCUCCUCAAGGAAGCAGUACCAGGAAAUAUCCGGAGAGCCGAACACUUCGUUGCGUUCCUGAAAAGGUUUAUCGAGUACCUCAAGACCCGGAUGAAGGUGCGAACCGUCAUCUCAGAAACGCCCCCAUCUUUCCUGGCCCACCUGAAAGAGCACACCUUCAUCGAAAAAAAGCCGCUUCGUUUCUGCGCAGAAAGGCUAACGUCACUUGUGAGGACUCUGGAACUUACUAACAUUGAAGAUUAUCAACCGUUGCAGGAGGUGGCUACCUUCGCUACGCUCGUGGCAACCUACGAGAAGGGAUUCCUCCUGAUCCUGGAGCCAUUUGAAUCUGAUACGGCUGAGGUACCAAAUCCGGUUCUUCACUUUACCUGUCUCGAUGCUGCGAUUGCCAUCAAACCCGUCUUCGAUAGAUUCAGCUCCGUCAUCAUUACAUCGGGUACAAUAUCUCCCUUGGAGAUGUACCCCAAGAUGCUGGGGUUUAAUGCGGUUGUGCAGGAGUCAUAUGCCAUGACGCUGGCUCGACGAUCGUUCUUGCCCAUGAUUGUCACUCGAGGCAGUGACCAGGCGCCAGUCUCGUCCAGCUUUCAGGUCAGGAACGAGCCCAGCGUGGUACGCAACUACGGCAAUCUCCUGACCGAGUUCGCCAAGGUCACCCCAGACGGCAUGGUCGUCUUCUUUCCGUCUUACCUCUAUAUGGAGUCCAUCAUUAGCAUGUGGCAGGGCAUGGGAAUUUUGGAUAACGUCUGGAAAUACAAAUUGAUCCUGGUAGAGACGCCUGAUGCACAAGAGACAUCGUUGGCGUUGGAAACAUACCGUAAAGCAUGCUGCAACGGCCGAGGCGCCGUUCUGCUUUGUGUCGCUCGAGGCAAGGUAUCGGAGGGCAUUGAUUUUGACCACCACUACGGGCGAACUGUGCUCUGUAUCGGUGUCCCUUACCAGUAUACCGAGUCGCGUAUUCUUAAGGCUAGACUGGAAUUCCUGCGCGAAACAUACCGCAUACGAGAAAACGAUUUCCUCUCCUUCGACGCUAUGCGACACGCCGCGCAGUGUCUGGGACGUGUGCUGCGUGGCAAAGACGACUACGGUAUCAUGGUGCUGGCAGACCGCCGGUUCCAAAAGAAGAAGACGCAGCUACCCAAGUGGAUUUCCCAGGCCAUGACCGAAGUUGACACGAACAUCAGCACAGACAUGGCGGUCGUCACGGCCCGGAGGUUCUUGAGAGAAAUGGCCCAGCCGUUCAGGUCCAAGGAUCAGGAAGGCACCAGCAUGUGGAGCUUGGAAGACCUACAGGAACACCAGAAAACAAUGGACGAGGAGAGGAUCCUGGAGAUGCAGAACGAAGCCGCAAAAAUGGAGCGGAUGCAAAGGCCGCAAGCUGAACUGGCGUACCAGGAUGACUACGCAAUGAAUUAA